AUGGAGACGAAAGAACGCUUCUGGCAGCAUGGAGAGGAGGGGGACCGGGCCAGGGCAGCUCCCCAAAUCUGCAGCCAGCUGUCGGUGUCCCGGGACAGUCGAGGGGAGGGUGCUCUAGAGGAGGCGGGAGAUUCACCCUCCGUCCUAGUGUCUGUAGAGGUGGAGGAGAGGCGCAGGAAGAAAGUGGAGCAGCGGAGGGAGCUGGAACGAGAGACUGGGGACCUAGAGGAACGCUGCAUUAGAAAUGCUGCCGUCAUUCCGGACCUCAGGCCCACAGAGGAAGCCCUGAGCUCUGCAAACCCCCGGAGACUUGAAACGAAACCACUCUGGAUCCACGGGCGCAGCGUGGUGGAGUAUCGCAGGGUCUACAGCGCCGUCGUGGAGCCCAUGCUGAAGAACUCAUUAGGGAACCCCAGAGGGUACAGCCUGGAGCUGGGCCGACAGAUCAAGCAGAGGCUGUGGGAGGCGCUGAGCUGCCCCACGCUGCAAGAAGUGUUUCACCCAGAUGGGCGCGUAGAGGUCUGGGACAGCUUCGCACCGGUGGGGCGCAAGAGGAGCGCCCCCCAAAUCAGCAGAGAGGCCCCGCCCAGCACCUCCUGCGACUCCAACCAGACAGCGGUCAAAAUAGCAAAGCAAUAGAGCUGUGCACACCGUGCGUGUCCAUGUUUCUAGCAUUUAUUUUAUUUUUAUACGCAACAAAUAAACAUUCCUGGAUAUUA